AUGGAAACUCGCCCAAAGAUGAUUUACCUCCCGGACACCAUGACCAACUGGCCGUGGCCUCGUGCAAUCAACCCUCAUUUCGAAGCUGUGAAAAUUGAGGCUGAUGCUUGGUUUCAUAGUUUCAAAGCUCUGGAUCCUGAGAUAUUGGAAGAAUUUGACAAGUGUGGUGCAGAACAUCUUCGAGUCGGUUGCGAAAUAAUGGAUAUUCAAUUAUUUGUGGAUGAAGUUACCGAUAGAAGCACUGCAGCAGGCACCAACGCAAUAGUGAAUAUCGCCAUUGAUGCCUUACACAAUCCUCAUAAGAUACGACCAGAAGGUGAAAACAUCAUUGGAGAAAUGAUGCAACAAUGUUCAACUCAUGCGAUGCAGACCAUAAGCAUGACUUGUCAGCGCCGCUUCAUUGAUGUCUUUACGACAUAUUUUCGUGCAGUAGCUGUCGAGGCCAUUGACCGCGAACAAAAACAUUGUCGCAGUAUCGAUGAACAUUUCAAGCACCGACGGGAAACAUCUGGCAUAUUAGUUUGGUUAUUACUAUGUGGAAUGGAGAUGGAACUUCCUGAUGAGGUGUUCUACCAUCCCGCCAUCGUGGAUAUGGUUGAAUGCGCCGCAGAUUUGGUUACAGUUGACAAUGAUAUGCUCUCGUGGAAUAGAGAACAAGCGAGCGGGAACGACUACAAUUCACUGAUAACUGUUGUCAUGCUAGAACUUGACCUCGACAUAGGCAGUGCGAUGGGUUGGGCAGCCGCCUAUCACACUAAACUCAAGAAAAGAUUUACUGACGGUCUUGCGAAGAUUCCUUCAUGGGGUCCUUCCACCGAUAUCCUAGUCAAGGAGUACCUUGAUGGACUAGGAACCUGGGUGCGAGCAAGUUAUUGUUGGAGUUUCGACGUUCAAAGGUACUUUGGUACAAUGAGUGCGGAGGUGCAGCAAACUAGGCUCGUCCCUUUAUUUCCAAAGGUCCAUUGCAAAGCUAGCAUCUGCGGUGGCGAAGACCACGCUGAUUCCCGCUACAGUCAGUAG